AUGAUAACGAUCAAAAAUACCAGAAAAAAUUCUUUGAUUCAUUCACCUGGUGGAGAAGCUCUUCGACUUCUCGUUAAUGGUUCUAGUGAUGCCGAUGUUAAUAAUACUGUUGCCCAGGCUGCUUUUAAUGAAAAAAAGUGGAUCUGGGUCGAGGAUGAAAAAGCGGGUUAUGUCGCAGGUUACAUAACUAAGGAUAUGGGAGAACAAGUGGAAGUCCACUUGAAUGAUGAUUCGAUACGAAUAGUUAAUGUUAGUGAAACUGAUAAAAUGAAUCCACCUAAAUUUGAUAAGGUGGAAGAUAUGGCUGAUCUUACAUAUCUAAAUGAGGCUUCGGUUGUUCAUAACCUUCGACUAAGAUAUCUUUCUAACUUGAUAUAUACGUACUCCGGCCUCUUUUUGGUCGCCGUUAAUCCUUAUCAAAAUUUUCCGAUUUAUACCAAUGAAAUAAUUCGAUAUUACAAGAACAAGCGGCAUCAUGAAAUGCCUCCUCAUAUAUAUGCAAUCGCGGAUUCCGCGUAUCAUGAAAUGUUACAAGAACGUGAAAAUCAAUCCAUAUUAAUUACUGGCGAAUCUGGUGCUGGAAAAACUGAAAAUACUAAACGGGUCAUACAAUAUAUCGCCGCGAUCGCUGGUGAUAGUUCUAACACGAAAAUACUUGGUAAACUCGAAUCACAAAUCCUUCAAACAAAUCCUAUACUUGAAGCUUUUGGAAAUGCAUUAACCAUUCGGAAUAAUAAUUCUUCGCGAUUUGGAAAAUUUAUUCGUAUUGAAUUUAAUUCAUCUGGUCAAAUCGUGGGUGCUAAUAUCGAACGUUAUCUGUUUGAAAAAUCUCGUGUAACUUAUCAAACACCAGAAGAACGUAAUUUUCAUAUCUUUUAUCAAUUGUUAAGAGGUGCUUCACCUCAAAUAAAAAGUGAAUUGCUUCUGGAUGGAUCUUUAAAUGAUUAUAGAUUCACUAAAAAUUCAUUAAAAGACAUUGAAGGUAUCGAUGAUUCUACAGAAUACCAGACUCUUGUC